AGCAAAAUCCCGAAUGAGACGCCGGAACUCUGCUUCAUAUUCCGAUGUCACACCGAAAUGGCUACACCGUUUCUAGCUGGGCUUGCAGUAGCUGCUGCUGCUCUUGCUGGUAGAUAUGGAAUCCAGGCUUGGCAAACAUUUAAGGAACGCCCACCAAAACCCAGAAUGCGCAAAUUCUAUGAAGGUGGUGGUUUCCAGCUAACAAUGACGAAAAGGGAAGCAGCUCUUAUUCUUGGUAUUAGAGAGAAUGCAACCCCAGACAAGGUCAAAGAAGUACAUAGAAGAGUCAUGGUCGCCAACCAUCCUGAUGCAGGUGGUAGCCAUUACCUAGCUUCCAAAAUUAAUGAAGCUAAAGAUGUGAUGCUUGGAAAGACAGAGUAG